GAGCUCAGACUAUCCAGACGUUACCCAAGAGAAACAACUGUCCUACUGGUCAAAACAGCAUCCAAACAAGAAGGUUCUUUGAAGGAAGGCUGAAGUUGGAUACUAUCCAAUUAGGAGCUUUAUAGACCUUGAGCAGAGAUACUCUUUCUUUUCUGGCAUGGCGCCAAAGAUUAAGUUCCGGAAGCAGAAGAAAUAUCGCAAUGAUGUGAUUGCAACAGCACGCGCUGAAGGAUGCAUUCUUCAAUUCUGGAACGCACUUUUGGUUGGCGAUGAGAUCACUGUGAUCAGUAUCAUUGAUGACCCUGAAUAUGUGCACCUUAUGGACGCUAUUUAUGACACUAGCGACAUAGAGGAGUGGAAGAACUUCAGGUUCAACUACAGAGGGUUGAGACUGUGGUCGCUGACCUAUGAGCAGGAGCUGACGACUCCUCUGCACAUUACAGCAGGCCGAGGCUUCACUGACUGCCUCAGGCACCUGCUGCUGAGAGGAGCCAAUGUUGAUUUUGCCCCUGGUGGCACCAGUGCACUGCAUGAGGCCUGCGAGGAGUGCCAACCGGAAUGCGUCAAACUGCUGCUGGAGUACGGUGCCAAUGCCAAUGCUGUCAAUGAGGACGGACUCAUGCCCCUCCACGUCUGUACAGAGCUGAACUCUCUAGAGUGUGCCAAACACCUCAUCCAGUUCGGAGCCGCUAUCAAUGGACGCAGCCUGGAUGAAAAUGACACACCGCUGCACGUGGCAGCGCGUCACGGCCUCCCGGUGCAUGUGGAUCUCUACCUGCGUCAUGGCGCGGCACUAGAGCGGCAGAAUGAUGAUGGCCUCACACCACUCAAUUCUGCCUGCUCACAGCCACAGGAGUUGGCUGCCCUGGAGCGCUCCAGGCAAGUGUGCCAGCAGCUGGUGGAGGCCGGAGCGGACGUGCAGACGGGUGACGCUGACAAGCAGACACCUCUACACAUGGCCUGCAAGAACGCCAACCCAGACGUAGUGGAUUUGCUGCUGCAAAGGGGCGCCUCCGUCAACAGCAUGGACUAUGGUGGGGAGGCACCCAUGCAUAACAUUCUGAAGAUAGUGGCCUAUAAGAUCGAGCACCAGCCAGAGAGGAUAGUGAAGGCAUUGUUGAACUAUGGAUCCAUCAGGGUUUGGCCAGGAGCACUGGCAAAGGUGCUUAAGUACUGCUGUAUGUCGCCACGAACAAUAGAAGUGCUGCUAAAUGCAUAUGAUCGCAUCAAGGUUACAGAUGAAUGGGUGGAGGCAGUUUCCCCAGAGGUGUUUCAGAAACACAGAGAAUUCUAUGAGUCCGUUUUUGCCUUGGCCCAUACUCCUCGCUCCCUGCAGCACCUGGCCCGCUACCAGCUACGCACCUAUUUGGACAAUCGCAUGUCCAAAGUAGUGCCCAGACUGGGCCUGCCUACUUUUCUGAAGGAUUACCUGAUGCUGGAGUUCCGAGGUUAUGUUCACUAGGAACCUGUUGAGCCAUGCAAGAUUUUGAGUGCUCCAUCCAAUCAGCUUCACACUUAUGAUGUGUUGAAUUGUGAAGACGUCUGCGCUGAGUAGUCCUUUGCAAGGCCACAGAUGUUCAGCCUGUGAAUAAUCAAAAGUAGGGGUGUAAAUGUCUGAUCUCACAAUUCAACACAAUUACAGCUCUUUAGGAGAUGGUUCACUGCACCAUUAAAUGUCAGAUUUCAUCAAGAUUUAAUUAAACUAUUUUGGUAUUUUCAGUAUUAUAAAAAAUACACCAAAUAUGACUGGAGAAACUAUUUAUGCACUAAGUGGAAAAUAGAAUCAAUAAAACAAAAUUAACAAGCAGUUCCGUUUUUUAGAUUUUACCAUAUGCCAAG